AUGGAUAGCUCAACCUUGUUCGACGUCAAAGGCAAAGUGGUCCUGGUGACAGGCGGCGCAAAGGGAAUCGGCCGCAUGAUAAGCGAAGGCUUUGUCCAAAAUGGCGCCACCGUUUACGUAUCUUCCCGUGACGCCAAAGCGUGCGAACAAGCCUGCAAGGAGAUGAAUGCGUUGGGCAAAGGCAAGGCGGAUUUCAUCCCCGCGGAUUUGUACAAGGAGGAGGAAAUCCAGAAGAUAGCCGAUGAGCUCAAGAAGCGGGAGGGAAAACUCGACGUCAUCGUCAACAACAGCGGCAGCAACUGGGGCCAAUCCUACGACACCUACCCCUCGGCAGCCUGGGACCGCGUCCUCAACCUAAACCUCAAACGCGUCUUCCAACUCACCCAAGCCGUCACCCCGCUCCUCGUCGCCGCCUCCACCCCAGCCUCCCCCUCGCGCAUCAUCAACAUUGGCAGCGUCGACGGUCUGCGCGUCCCCGCGCUCGAAACAUUUGCCUACUCGGCCUCCAAGGCCGGACUGCACCAUUUGAGCAGGGUGCUGGCGAGCCAUCUGGGCAAGCGUGGCAUCACGAGCAAUACGAUUGCGUGUGGGCCGUUUGAGAGCAAGAUGAUGAAGGCGACGCUGGAAAAGUUUCAGCAUGUGAUUGAGAGUGGGGUGCCGCUGGGUAGGAUUGGGAGUCCGGAGGAUGUGGCGGGGACGUGUCUGUUUUUGAGUAGUCGGGCUGGGGCGUAUGUCAAUGGGGCGACGAUCACGUUGGAUGGGGGGAGUGUGGUUUCGGCCAAGUUGUGA